GGGCGGUGGCGCCCCUUCCCCAGGUGUUGCGGCGCUUCCACGUCGCCAGGCGGCCCGCGGCUUGCGCGAGCCCAGGCCGCCCCAGCGUCCGGAGCGCCGGCCCUUGGGCUCCCGCGGCCAUGGCGGGGCCGGGCCCGGGGGACCCAGACGAGCAGUACGAUUUCCUGUUCAAGCUGGUGCUGGUGGGCGACGCGAGCGUGGGCAAGACGUGCGUGGUGCAGCGCUUCAAGACAGGCGUCUUCUCCGAGCGCCAGGGCAGCACCAUCGGCGUGGACUUCACCAUGAAGACGCUGGAGAUCCAGGGCCAGCGGGUCAAGCUGCAGAUCUGGGACACGGCUGGCCAGGAGCGCUUCCGCACCAUCACCCAGAGCUACUACCGCAGCGCCAACGGGGCCAUCCUGGCGUACGACAUCACCAAGAGGAGCUCCUUCCUGUCGGUGCCUCACUGGAUCGAGGACGUGAGGAAGUACGCGGGUGCCAACAUCGUGCAGCUGCUCAUCGGGAACAAGUCAGACCUCAGGGAGCUGAGGGAGGUGCCGCUGGCCGAGGCGCAGAGCCUGGCGGAGCACCACGACAUCCUGUGCGCCAUCGAGACGUCGGCCAAGGACUCGAGCAACGUGGAGGAGGCCUUCGUGAGGGUGGCCACAGAGCUGGUCAUGCGGCACGGGGGCCCCCUGCUCAGCGAGAAGGGCACUGACCACAUCCAGCUGGACAGCAAGGACGUCGGAGAGAGCUGGGGCUGCGGGUGCUGACCGGGGUGCAGGGCAGGCAGGCGGGGCUGCCCCACCUCCUCCAGCCCUCUGGCCGCCUCGCCCAGCCCUCCAGAGCUGGCCUCCAGGGUGCCAGCCAGAUAAAGGCCUGGAAUUAC